AUUGCCAUUCUCAUAACAAAGCCCUCCGACAAAGUUUUUGAGAACAAAAAAAGUGUGCCAAAGUUUAGCACAUCGCACUGCGGGAGUUCAAGGAGUUCACCUCGGAGGACCAUUGGAAGGACUUCCAUGGAUGGCGGGACGUGAUGGUUUCCAGCCAUGUCUUAUGGACACGGGGGCACCUGUCCCUAUGCCCAACUGGGAGAGGCAUCUGGUCAUCGUCACCCUUGCUGUACACGUCAUGGAUGUUGGCUUAGAUUUGUGCGUUGCUGUGCUUUUUGUGGCUCAUGCCCAGUGGAUAUUCUUCCUAGGUGCAGCUGGAGUCAUAUUUUGGGCAUGGCUUGUCUCCAGCCUGUACAUUUCCUUUGGUGGAGGUGCUCCAGCUGGAGACAUUGACAAUGAUGGAAUGGCAGAAAGACCAAGCUUCCUGUUGAAUUUUGCACAAGUGCAAAUUUUUGCGGAGGCAUACAGGUGUAUUUUCUACAACGGUGACACAGACUAUUUCCACACUUUGAGGCUCAUGGAGGCUAUUCUGGAGUCAGCACCCAAUUCCCUUGUACAGCUCUAUGCCCUCGUAAUUUGGGCAGUUCCUGGAGGCAUUCUGCUGGAGAAUGCUGCUAGUUUGCUUAGACUAUCUGUCUUUUGCUCCUUUGUCUCGGUGGGCCUUGGCCUCGCUAUGUGGGAGCAGAAGGUUCAGUUCAGAACUUCGUCUGGGUAUGUAGCUGCUGUGGCGAUCAUGCGAGCUUUCGAAAUUGCAGCAAGAAGUGCCACUCUGGCUGUAUUUUCAGGCCUUACUCACCCCUACGGAUUCUUCUGGUCUUUAGCUGCAGAUUAUUGUAUCAUGCUGUUCUUGAUCGUUCGGCACCAGUCUGUACAGUUUACAUACGGCUUGUGUGUUGCUUUACCCCUUGUUCUCGUGAGCGUGGAGCCUCUCGUUUGGCGGAGAGAAGAUCACGCAGUGCCCAAGGACUCCUACUACCUUGUUCGGGUUGCGGAGUUCGUGGUAAUGUGGACCGUCAUCAUUCACAAGCAGGUUGCCACAGCUGAACAGGAAGAAGCUUCAGAGACUUCAGUCUUGGGCUGCGAGGCGUUGGCUUUGUUCAGCAUGCUUGGACUUUUUGUCACGCUUCCCUUCGUGUGGCGGAUCGCUCGGCAACACGAGCUCUGCCGGGAUGUAGCAGACUGGUCGGAGGAGGGUGCCAAAGAGGCUAUGAACAACGACGCGCUGUAUUCCGAGUCCGACGGGAGCUCGGGUGAGUUUGACAGAGGGCAUGGUGACAAUGAUGAGCUCCCGCCAGAGUGAGAUGAGCGCUUGUGACCUGACGUGUUGGAUCGCCUCUAGAAUUUGAAACUGGAUGCUACAAAUGCAGUGGUCCUCAAUGGGGUGAUCCAGUUUGAGAUUGUCGCUGACGUUGCAAUUCAAGCGCACGCUCUUUGGAGGGAAAGGCCAUGAAAAUAUUGGCCUCGACGAGCGACUCGAGGUUCAACUUUUAGCGCUCAAAAAA